AUGCCGUUUGCGAAUCUCUCUGUGAGGGAGAAAGAUGCGUUCUUUGGGUUGUUAGAUGAAUACUUCCAAUCUCGACCUGAGAUCUUCCAGGCGCAAAGGGGUGCUGGUGGUGCUGGUGGUGGGCAGUGGGACGGGACGGCAACGUCGGCGAUGAAGCAGGCGAUGGCUUCCAAUCCGGAGGCCACGGCCAAAGUGUUCAGCGCUGGAUUGAGACAUGCUGCUAAGAGCAUGUCACCGCCGCCUUCGAGGAGCGUGGCUGGUGCCAGUCGGGACGAGGAUCAGGAUAGUGGACCUGCGACGUCUGUCGCUGGACGGAUAGCUGCACUUUCUGGGCGUGGACCUGCUGCUGGUGGAUCUGGUCCUUCGUCGCCUUCUUCGAGUUUCGCUCGCAAAUUCAACGAUGUCGAUACUUCGUCAGCUAAAGGAUUUAUGAAUUCUUUGAAACAAGCGAACAAGCCACCCACUGCAUCACCAUCUCCCGCAGCGAGCAGCUUCACGCCUCCUCGUCGAACGGCGUUCUCUGCUGCUGUGCAACCUCGGACGGAUGAGCCUGAAGAGGAACCUGCGCCCGCACCGCCGCCUGCACCUGCACCUCCUCCAGCCCGUAAACCGUUCGUGAAAGAAGAACCGAAGGGAGAGUGGGCCGAGGCGUUAUACGACUACGAAUCUUCGGAGCCUGGUGAUUUGAAUAUCAAGGAGGGAGAGCGGGUUCUUGUGACGGAGAGGUCGUCGGAUGAUUGGUGGACUGGAGAAGUGAAUGGCAAGUCUGGGUUGUUCCCGGCUGCGUAUGUGAAGCUGCUGUAA